UACAAGAUUUCUUUAUAUAUGUCUUUGAUUUGAUUUGAUUUGAAAGAGACAAAUAGUACAUGUGGAAAAACUGGUAACCAAUGGAAAAUGAUUAACGUAACCCGUGAAAUAAUUUGGAAAAGCGCGCUGCGGCUAACCGAAAUCUCCCAAAUCUAUUUGAUCACAUGUUCAAUGUCCCCACUUCCAUACAUAAUUACAUACCAUUCCAAAAAACAUUUACACUCUUUACUCCUAUUUAUAGUACUACUCCCACAUAACAAAGUCUCAUUCAAAACAAUAAUAAUUAAAAGAAAGAAAAAAAAAAUGACAAUCAGCAAUGGCAAUGGUCAAAAUACCACUAGGUCGACCACAGUAGAGGAAGACCUCAAAUUAGUUGGAUUCUCAAACUUCGUCCGUACAAAUCCCAAAUCAGACCGUUUCACUGUGAAGCGAUUCCACCAUGUUGAGUUUUGGUGUGGUGACGCUACCAACACUGCUCUUCGCUUCUCUUGGGGCCUCGGCAUGCCUCUGCUCGCCAAGUCCGACCUCUCUACUGGAAAUUCCUCUCAUGCUUCCUAUCUACUUCGAUCCGGUGAGCUUAAUUUCCUCUUCACUGCUCCUUACUCAUCCUCCAUUUCCACCCAUCAAACCUCUUCCGCUUCCAUACCCACCUUCGACCGCUCCACUUUCCUUUCCUUCUUUGCGGCCCAUGGUCUCGCCGUCCGUGCUGUAGCUCUCGAGGUUGAAGACGCGGAGUUUGCUUUCGCUACUAGUGUCGCCAAUGGAGCAAUGCCUUCAUCUCCUCCCAUAAAUCUAGGAGAUGGAGUUGUCAUUGCUGAGGUACGUCUCUACGGAGACGUAGUUUUGCGUUAUGUUAGUUACAAAGUUGAAAGCUCUCAAAACCUGGUGUUUUUACCAGGUUUUGAGUCAGUGCUCACUGCUGAGUCAGAUCAGCCUUUGGAUUAUGGAAUCCGAAGGCUGGAUCAUGCAGUGGGCAACGUCCCUGAACUGCUACCCGCGGUGUCAUAUGUCAAGAAGUUUACGGGUUUCCACGAGUUCGCCGAGUUCACUGCAGAGGACGUCGGAACGAGUGAGAGCGGGCUCAAUUCGAAGAUGCUGGCUAACAAUAACGAGACGGUACUUAUUCCGAUGAACGAGCCGGUUCACGGAACGAAAAGGAAGAGUCAAAUUCAGACAUUUUUGGAGCACAAUGAAGGGCCUGGGAUACAACACUUGGCUCUGGCUAGUGAAGACAUAUUCGGAACGCUGAGGGAGAUGAGGAAGCGAAGCGGGUUGGGUGGGUUCGAGUUCAUGCCUUCACCACCACCAACUUACUAUAAAAAUCUCAAGAAUCGAGCUGGGGAUGUGUUGACAGAGACUCAGAUUCAGGAAUGUGAGGAGUUGGGGGUUUUGGUGGACAGAGAUGAUCAGGGUACUCUGCUCCAGAUUUUCACCAAACCAAUUGGAGACAGACCGACGAUAUUCAUUGAAAUAAUACAGAGAGUUGGGUGCAUGGUGAAGGAUGAUAAAGGCAAGCUUUACCAAAAAGGUGGUUGUGGAGGCUUCGGAAAAGGCAAUAUCUCAGAGCUCUUUAAGUGCGUCGAGGAGUAUGAGAAGACAUUACUUAAAACCAAAGUGGUUACCUAAUCACUCUAUUUAUUAAUUCCAUAAUAAAUUCUCAAUUUGCUUGCUAUAAAAGUAAGGUUUAUUAUGUAUAUCUAGCUAGUAUGAUGAUGGUGCUGUCUUUCUUGGAAUAAUUCAAACAUAUAUAUAAUGAUUGAGGUGUUGUUGUUGUACCUAAUUAUUUGUUGUUGUUUUUGUAUUAUAAACAUCUCAAUCCUAAUAAAUAAUUGUUAUCUAAAA